AUUUAGCUCCAAUGUAGUCAUAGAGGUAAGAGAAAAUUGCAUUCAAACAAAAAGCAUUCCAGGCUUAAGAAAUUGAUUCGCCAACGCAUCAAAGGCGACAGAAAUGCCAACGAUGGAGGAUAGCGGCAUCGAUAGUGAAGAUAAGCAAUCGAAUACUUUCGAGGAAUCUCCAGCGCAAGGGGCACAAAAAAUAGUAACAGCAACAAGAACAAUGGCCCAAGCAUUAGAUGUGUCAGCGGUUAACCAUAUGGCUGAUUUAGAGGUAGUCUUCCGUGGCAGCGGCGGCCCAGCGCCAGGAAGUGCAGCAAGUGCCAGUGGUGCAGAGUCGGUAGCAAAGACCACGGCCAGCACAGUAGCAGCAGCGGCGGCUGGUGACAGCGAUGACAGCAAUGCGAUUAGUACACAUCCAGCGCCAAACACCUGUCGCAUUCUGCAACGCAAGCUGGAGCUGAAGGUGGAGCGUGCGAAGCGCAAUUACAGCCAAUACCAGCAACAGGAACAGGUGCGCAAAACCCAGUCUGCGAAUCUCAUACCCAUAAAUCGGUUGCCCAUUCCAGGCGAUUCAGAGCAGAAACCACUUGUAGAUUAUAAGUCGGAUAGUAGCGAGGAGCCAGAGGAAAUUUCUUUUUUUCCAGCUAAAGUGAAAAAUGCGCAUCGACAACGCAGAACUGAGCUCAGCGAUACUUUCAGUAUACAAGAAAUGACUAUAGAAUCAGAUUUGGAUUCAGACGAUAGUGGGUCACAAAAUCUCGAGCUAUUGCCACCCUUAAGAAAGACAAAUUUUUUGGAGAAAGUGAAAAUUUGCUUCGGUUGUGGGAAUAGAAGAAGUUAACUGUCAAAAGGCUUAGAGAGGCAAACAAAAUAGUACACGGAAAAAUGCAAUAAAAAACAGUUGUAGCCAAAUUGUACACACUAACUAACAUAAAUAUAUCUAAUACGUGCAUACAAGUGAGAAAAA